CUGUUUACAACAGUAACAUUAACAUCUGCUUGGAAAAAACUGUUUUCCUGGGCCAACAGAUGGAGCCUGUGUGGAAUGUAUGCCUACAGGCAUGAUGGAGACAAAACUGGAAGGUCCACUGUCGCCAAACUGUGAAAGACAGGAGAGGAAAGGGCAAAGAUUCAGGCCCAAGCAACACCCAAGCCUUGGGUUCUGCCUUCUCAUCCUUGGCUCAGAGCCAUUUCAGGGCAUAGUAGUAAAGUUCUAAACUUGGUGGACCCAGAACGAAUUCUCUAGUAGCCUAGUAUUGAAGUCUUUUGGAAAAGCAGGUUUUUAAUAAAGCCUUAGCUCAAUCUCCAUGACCUGGAAAACAUAUUUUUAGGUUCCCCUAUUAGUCCUGUUUUACGAGAGAAUGACCCAACUGGUAGAAUAUGGUUAAUUACUAACCGAUUUUGUGCAAUAAGCAAGUUCCACAUCUCUUGCAGGAGAGGUCAGAACUUGUAACGCCGGGUCCCUAAACCCACCAGGGUGUAUCCACCGCCCUGUGCGCCCGCCCUCGGCUCUGGGGGCCCUGUCUGUGAGCACAGGGUCUCUCCGUGGUGGGCAGGCCCGAGAAAGGCCACCCUGCUCCCUGGAGUGACCUUCAAAAAAUGGGGGUAACUAAUAAAUUAAUUGUUACUGCUUCUCCAAGUGGUCAGUGAUGCAUAAAGCACUUCCAGACUGCUGUCAGGGAGAGAGCACCCCACCCAUCCCCACGGGGCCGCAAGAGGACCCCAGGACCCAGGACGAAGGACUUGUCCCCAGCACUGUUCCAACAGCUGCCACUUGCUCCAAACCUCCGGGAAGGCUGGCGGCUUCCCCACUGACUGCAAGAAACAGAGCAAAGACUUACAUUCAGGGGCACUGGGCACUGCUGUCUUCAAGGCAAGCAAGCAGGGACCUUGCCCUGAUCUUGGAGCCCCCACACUGGGAGUCUGUGGAAAUAAGGCUCAGGAAUAAGCAGGCACCAUGGACUGGGGGACCCUGCACACUUUCAUCGGGGGUGUGAACAAGCACUCCACCAGCAUCGGCAAGGUGUGGAUCACGGUCAUCUUUAUUUUCCGAGUGAUGAUUCUCGUGGUGGCUGCCCAGGAAGUGUGGGGCGAUGAGCAGGAGGACUUUGUCUGCAACACACUGCAGCCAGGGUGUAAGAACGUGUGCUAUGACCAUUUCUUCCCAGUGUCCCAUAUCCGGCUCUGGGCUUUGCAACUCAUCUUCGUGUCCACCCCUGCCCUGCUAGUGGCCAUGCACGUGGCCUACCACAGACAGGAAGCUGCUCGGAGGUUCCGGCGGGGAGAGAAGAGGGAUGAAUUCAAAGACUUAGAGGACAUUAAAAGACAAAAGGUGCGGAUUGAGGGAUCGCUGUGGUGGACUUACACUAGCAGCAUCUUUUUCCGAAUCAUCUUCGAAGCUGCUUUCAUGUACGUGUUUUACUUUCUCUACAAUGGGUACCACUUGCCCUGGGUGUUGAAAUGUGGCAUUGAUCCCUGCCCCAAUCUGGUGGACUGUUUCAUUUCCAGACCAACUGAGAAGACUGUCUUCACCAUUUUUAUGAUUUCUGCCUCUGUGAUUUGCAUGUUGCUCAAUGUGGCUGAGCUGUGUUAUCUACUACUGAAAGUCUGCUUUAGAAGAUCAAAAAGAGUCCAGACACAGAAAACUCACCCCAACCAUGCUCUCAAAGAGAGCAAACAGAAUGAAAUGAAUGAGCUGAUUUCAGAUAGUGGCCAAAAUGCCAUCACCACUUUCCCAAGUUAAGCAGUUCAAGGUAAAAUGUAGCUGCAUUCUAAAUAAAUGUGAUUUCCCAUGGAGACAAGUCUCUCUCUCUAAGAUAAAGUUUGUCUUCAUCAAUGACUAUCAUAGAUAGACACUUGAGUUCACUUUUUAUAGAAUACUUUGCAUUGUUCACAUGAAACCUAGUUGAACACAUGGACCAGCUCUAAAAUCACCAUCAAGCCCAAAGGUCCCUUUAAUAAAUCCCUUGUAUGUGGAUGGCCUCAGUGAAUGGGUACUCCCUGAAAAUAUUGAUAAAUGUCAUGAAAAGCAGUUUGUUAAGCUGAGGCUCAUGCCUGUAAUCCUAGCUACUCAGGAAGCUGAGAUCUGAGGAUCAUGGUUCAAAGCCAUCCUGGGCAACAAAGUCUGUGAG